AAGCGCAUCCAAAGUGUGGUAUUUGUGUUGAAUUGAGCGCACAAUCAGUGGUGAUGUCCUCAACGAGUGGUCAGACGUCGGCUCAGAUCGUCGGCGUCUCCUUUGGGAUCAUAAGUAAGGAUGAGAUCAAGAAAUUAAGUGUUUUGAAUGUCGAGACGUGGAAGACGUUCGACGAGUUGUCUCAUCCCCGAGAAGGAGGUCUUUGCGACUCAGCGUUCGGUCCGGCCAAAAGGGAUGAGAUGUGCGCCACUUGUGGUCUCUCGGAGUUUGACUGUUGCGGACAUUACGGUCACAUCAAUCUAUCGCUUCCCGUCUUUAAUCCAUUCCUCAUUAAACAGUUAUUUCAGGUGCUGAAGAUGUGUUGCUUUGAGUGCCAUCACCUUCUCUUCUCUCCCACCGAUUUGGAGAUAAAGAUCGCGCAAAUGGAAGCGUUAAGCCGUGGCCUCGAUAUCAUUCUCGAGGAUUUGCAAGCGUUUGGUUCUUCGCUGACGACUGACAACAUAGGUUUGGACGCCGUUUCCAUCCGAUUAUAUGUCAGACAGAAGUUAAAGGAAAAGAUAGACGAAGAAUAUAAUAAACGGUUCACUAAAUCUGUUAAAAAUGGUUUGAAUGUGAAAAAUAUAGUUGAAAAGCAACAAAUGGUUUACAAAGAGUUUCUGACCGGAAAGCUAUUGAAGCCAAACAAGAAAUGCCUUCAGUGCGCGGCUCUGAAGAAUAGCUUAACGGUUCUCAACAACGCGUUGAUUAUAAUGAAUGAAUCGAAAUCAAAAGCGAGCAAAAAAAUUAUAGGCGCCGAUCAGAUAGAAGAUAUGGCUGUUAUGGAUAUGACAGCAGUUAGAGUCGGCUAUUUGAUCACUGGAUUGGGUGCACACAAAUUGAUUGACGCAAAACCAUUGGACCAAUUGAUUCCUGUGGACGAGUUUUUGCCCGUAAUGUACGACAAACACACCGACGAUAUGAUGAAACAUCACUUCCCGGUUCGCAAUCUGCGAGCACUCAGUGUUUAUCCGCUACUUAUAUACCCGACUCAUUACGUCGGCGACAAUCACUAUAUCAGUGAUACCGAAGAUUCGCAUAAAACUGAAUUAAACGCCAAUUCUUUGCAUCCAAAGCAUACAGAAUUGUAA